AUGGAUCCAAAAAGUGAAGAAGGAAUAUUUCUUGGCUACUCUAAAAACAAUAGAGCAUACAGAGUUUUCAACACCAGAACGCAAGUCAUGAUGGAAUCAAUAAAUAUUGUGAUUGAUGAUACAAGCAUGGACAAUGAUCUUAAUGUCAAUGAUAAUGUUGGAACAUCCUUCCUAAUGGAUCAAGCUCCUAGAGCUUGGUAUGAAAGGCUAACAAAAUUUCUUGUUAACAAUGGUUACAAGAAAGAAGGAAUAGACAAAACCUUGUUUGUCAAGGAGAAUGAUGGAAAACUCAUGAUUGCUCAAAUAUAUGUUGAUGAUAUUGUGUUUCGAGGAAUGUCGGACCAAAUGGUGGAACAUUUUGUCAAACAAAUGCAAUCAGAAUUUGAGAUGAGUCUUGUUGGUGAAUUGACAUAUUUCCUUGGACUUCGGUUAAAACAAAUGGAUAAUUCCAUCUUCAUCUCUCAAAGAAAUUAUGCCAAGAACAUAGUGAAGAAAUUUGGUAUGGAAAAUGCAAGUCACAAAAGGACACCUGCUCCUACUCAUUUGAAUUUAUCAAAGGAUAAAGAAGGAGUUGUAGUUGACCAAAGUUUAUACAGAAGCAUGAUUGUAAGUUUACUAUAUCUUACAACUAGCAGACCAAAUAUUACCUUUGCUGUAGGUGUAUGUGCAAGGUAUCAAGCUGAGCCAAAAACAAGUCACAUCAAUCAGGUUAAAAGAAUUUUUAAGUACAUCAAUGGAACAAGUGACUACGAGAUGUGUGAGAUAUUGGAUUGA